GGCUUUAUAUAAACCGCUAGGCGAAAAGGCGAUCGAUCGAUCGAUCACUCGAUCAUCAUCAGCUCAGCUCGUCGUGCUGGACCGUCGUCGCCGGAGGAGGAGGAGAAGACAAGAAGGGGGGGAGGGAGAAUGAAGAAGGGGGAGGCGGCAGGGACAGCGGGGAGCAAGCUGGGGAGGUGGCUGGGCGCGCCGGUGCGGGCGCUGUCGCGGGCGUGCGACUCGUACGUGCGCAAGAUGUCGGCGUGCGCGGGGCACAUGCCGACGCACACCGCGGGCGCCAUGGGGGGCCGGGGCGGGUUCGCGCCGGGGGCGAUGCAGGCCGCGACGUUCAGCUCGAGGUCGCGGCGCGGCGGCGGCGACGACGACGUCGGCGAGCUCGUCCGCGCGCUGUCCCAGCGGCAGGCGGAGGCGGCGGCGGCGACGGCGACGUCCGUGCCGGUGAGGAGCCGCAGCGUGGCGGUCGGGCGGAUCGACGAGGACGCGCCGUGCGAGUUCGGCGCCGACGACGCGCGCCUCGGCACCAUGAUGCCGCCGCACGUGCGGAGGAGCCGCAGCGUCGCGGUCGGCGCCGGCCGCUCCGCCGGCGGGUUCGGCGCCGCCGCCAUGAGGAACGGACCAGGCGUCGGCGUCGGCGUCGUGCGUGGCUGA